CGACUAAUAUUCAGCUGUGGCAACGGAGAGAGCCCGAAGCUAUGGCUGAAAAUUAUUAUUGACUUUUAACUUGCACUUUGAUGCUGUUCCUUUUGGAACAAAGUCAUAUUGGAAAGAGGCAUUUAUCCCUCAAACGAUUACUCUUGGAGUCAUGCAAUCCAGGAGAUCUUCCAGUCCACUUUCAGUGUAUUCACAUCGAAACUCAAAAUCACCUCUUAGUUCGAGGGAAUUUAGAGAGAGGAAAAUUGGGCUGCCUGGCGCCGAUCUUCGAGAAAUAGAAAUUAACAUUGCUGAUGAACUUCGACGAGUCAAGUUUCAUCCGGACUACAGCAGGCAAGAGUGUUAUAUGGUGUAUAAACAUGCAUUUGACCAACUUAUUGAAAGCAAAGCUGUCGUUUAUAAGUCGAUCUUGUCACAGAUCAAAGCCGAGUACGAAGAGUUUAUUGAGACUCUAGAAAGAGGUGAAAGUCAAACUGUUUAUCUUCAAGGAAUGCUGAAGGCUUUGCUGUCAGAGAAAGCGAACGUAAGGCACUUUGUACAGAGGGGUGAUGAACUGGAAGAAAAAAUGGCAAAGCUGAAAAAACACAACACACAGCUCAGGCAAAAACUUAACACGAUAAGAGCCGAAAGAGCGCGAAGGAUAGCCUCGGCAGAAAGUAAAUCGAUGCAUUCCGUCGUGAAGGAGACAAGACUUUUAAUUCCUGGAUUAUCUCUCAGUGAUCUCACUGACAUAUCGUCUUUGAAGAAGACAUUAAUACGAUUAGAAGCUCAAGUAAAGGAACUGAAGGAAGCUACAACGACUAAAUUUGCAGAGAAGGGUCAGAAGCAGAUUCUGAAACAACAGCUAGCGAAAAAGGAAAAUGGCAGAGAUCAUGAAUUGACAAAUCAUGAGAAACUGCAGGAUCGCUGCGAGACCCUAAAGGUUGCAAUCGAGGCAGGAAGAUCGGUGGUUGAUAAUCCAGACCAGGAUGUGCACAUUACUGAUGUUGUAUUCCGAGAACUAGCAAAGUAUGGCAACAGCAAGUAUGGAAAGAAAAGUGAUUCACUGCAGUUCUUUGCAAGCUUUGAUGAGGAUGAUCCCUUAAAGAAGAAAGAAGCAGAGCGCUUAAUUGAAUACGUUGAUCACUUCAACAAUUUAUUUGACUUUGGCCAGUUUGAAUUGGCUGCAAUGCAUGCUGCCAACUCACCAAUGGGAAUUCUCAGAACUUAUGAAACAAUGAUUAAAUUCAAACAAGCUGAGGUCCAAGAAGGUGAAGUGUCUCCUCUAUUGAUCUUUUGCGAUGCCCUGAUGGCGACAGCAUCUGCGGCACAGCCUCUAACUGGAGCCAUGUCCUCUGAGUGUAUUCGAUGUGCUCUGAGUCAAGGACGUCUUGAUCUGGCUACACACUGGCUUGCCCAAGAAAAGCUAACGUACUCCAUCCCACUAGGUGAUGCUUUUCGUAGUUAUUGCAAAUGUGAACAAAACUGUACCUGCACAUGCCUGCCUCUGGCACAAACUAUUUACAUGAAAGUUGGUGCCCAUCACCAGGUGAUUGCUUGCCUUUGUGGACAGCAAAAGUUUUCAAUCAUGUUGAACUAUGCACGGAAGCACACAAAGUUCACAACGGAGGAUUACAGGGCCAUCUUAUUAAGGAAUCCUUCGCCUGAACUGGCUAAGCUUAUGCUAAGCAGUCCUGGGCCCGAUAGAAAGGUUGGCCUACUAAGCUUUGCCUCUGUUGUCGGAGCUCUUCUAGAUGACAACCAACACAAGAUGCUGCUGAACGUGUUAAGGCAUCUCUCCCAGAGUAACACCGAGGAUUUGUCUGCAGUGAUGACAGAUGCCUUGUUUAACGAAACAAAGAGUGACAACAUGGAUAUGGACAGAUGGUUACAGGUUGUUAACAUGUGCCAGGAAGAAGGGUUGCUGGAAAUUGGUGUUGAAAUACUUUCAAUGUUGACCAUAAGAGAUGCCUUGAACAAAGCAUCUAUUGCUUUCAGCAUGGAUUACAUUUCCUAAUUCCACAUUCUAGUGCGAUUUUUCAAAUGUUUGUUUGAGUCAAAAUUUGAAAACACAGCUUUAUUUCUAUGCUUAGGCUUACUGUCCACACUA